CCACACAACUCCAACUUAGUACAUACAUACAACAUGUUCUCCUUUAUCCUCUGUUUCCUAGUAGUAGCUAGCUAGCUUGUAUAGCCACCCAAUUAAACUUCUUCUAUAAAUAUCUCACCAAUUUCACUAUACUUUUACAUCAUUAAUCAUAAUCACAAAUGUUGUGACUUGUGAGUACUUUUUUUUUUCUCCUCACAAAAAAUUAGAUAGACUCAAAAUGAAGAGGCAAAGAGGUGCUAGUGUUAAUAAUGCUAUUAACACCCCCAAGAAUCCUCCCAAUGUUGAGGACAUGGUAGCAACAAUGGGAAAGAAAAAAGGAAAGAAAGAAGGUGAACAAAAGAUGAAGGAAGAGAUGGAGAGGAAGGAAAGCAAAGACAUGAAUGAAUUAUCACAACAAGCAACAACAACAACAACAACAACAAUAAGGGAGGGUGUGAAUAGUAAUGUGAUGAAUUGCAAUUAUGAGGAGUAUAUGCCAUGGUUAGGAGGUGUGGUAGAUGAACAAAUGUCAUGGGGUUCAACAUGGUUUCCAGGUUGGGAUAUGGAUUUUAUGGGUGAAGCUUUUAAUUCUCUUUAUAGUGAUGUUGUUUGGGAUGAUGAUAUUUGGAAUCUCAAAAAUGAAAUUCCAAUUCCAGUACAUGGAAAGAGGUUUGAAUUGGAGUAGAAGUACAACAUGUUCUUAUGAGUCUAAAGCUUCGAUUAGGUAGCCAAGAAUGAAAUUUCACUAUUUUCAUGUCAAUUUUAGAAAUAUAUGUAUGAAAUUUCACUAGUAGUUUUUAAUCUUACUACUACUAAUAAUAAUUAACUUAUCGAAGCUAUCUAAUUAUAAACAUUUUUAUUUGAGUUUGUAUGUA